CACUAGAAUUUACCUACAUCGAGUGAAGUGCCAAAAAUCAUAACAUAUUAGCAUAGUUCUAUGGACUUAUAUUUUGACUACCUUUCGUGAGUGUUUACAUUCCCCUCGAGCUCUCUUUUAUUUGAUCUCACCCUUUCUUAGCGAUGAAUCAGUCAACUGUGUUGCAACAGUUGAACAACAUUAUCAAAACUCCCUGAGGGGAAUUGAUGUAACGGAAUAAUAUGAAAUGAUAUUGCAAUAGUGGAUUAAAUAUCCAUAAAUAUAAGAUUGCCGAGAGGCCAUUACUCGUUUUUCAAAACUUGUUUCGGUUUUCAAAAACUGACAAUCAAAUAUACUUUUGACUAGAAGUCAAAGUAGGACUCGACUGUUCUGCUUUAUAACUCGUUUGGUUCAGUCUCAAUCGUGUGGGCUCGGUCAAUAAACACGUUUUCUUCAACACCUGUUAUAAAGCUGACUGAAUCAACAGUUACUAAGAAUGGAACCGCCAAGUUAGUUCGAUGUUUAUAUUUCCCUGAUCUUAUCAUCACAUACUUGAAUGAACGUGAGUUAAGGCACGAAAUAUAUUAAAAUUAGUGAAAUAGGAAGGAUGUGGUUGUUCCAAUUAGCUUCUAUAUAUUAAAGGUAUCUCUAUUUGGCCAACCACACUGAUUAGAACGUUCCAAUAUGUAUCGUGAUAGAAAAACGUUUAUGUUGUGUGAGAUGAAAUGGCAAGAGCCACCACAGACAGCUUUUGUCUUAAUGUUCAGUCUAAUAUAGCAGUUCCCUCAGCCAGGAACAAUACUGAUAAACCACAAGGCUUCUAUAAGUUCGUAAAUUCGGUCAAAUUGAUUCCGCAUUUAUAUUCAGGGCUUUCCAUUAAUUCAUUACCUUUUUGAAAAGCAAUUUAGUCCGAGAUUCACACAAAUCCCAUGCAUCUAUAUCAAAAUUAAUUCGACUUUUACAAAAAGGUUUUUGUUGGUUUUAUAACAGGCUAAAAUAUUUGCUAACUCGUGUUUCAGUUUUGUCUGUCAUCAGCAAGGGGAAUCUUGGACAUUCCUCGCAGUUGAAAGUUCUCAAGAACGUGUUUCCUCGCUAUAAUCUUCAAUCUCGAACUAAUCUUUCAGUCAAAAUACGCGUUAGUCUCAAGGUUCCUGCUGAUUUGACAUUGACGUUGUUGUUCAAAACAUGUAAUAAACAAUAUUAGUCCAAUUAAAAUAUUGGACUGUACUACGGUUAAUGCGAAUUAUUCCGCGUUGAAAGAUGUUUGCUCCGCAUUCUCGAAAAAAUAACCUUGAAUCAAUUGAAUUACGUUCAAUACGUGCGUAAAUCGCAAAUGAUACAAUUUGCGGGUUCUGGCCGACCUUUUGGGAUAGGCUUUGUUCCCUGUUGUUCGCUGUUCAUUGCUGCAUGGGGCAGCAUGUGAACGGUUUAACAUGAAUGCCGCUUUGGCAUCGCUGAGCAAACGCUGUAAAUUCCUUUGGUAAAAUGACAACCAAUGAAUCAAGUGUUCAAGUUCAAAGCGAUGCCAAUGGUGGCAGAAACACGUCGGACGAGACGAGGGUUGGUUCCGGGCGGUAGAACGAAGCCCAAGGAACAGAUGGUGGAAAUUCAGCGUAUUUACAAAGGAGAGAAAAUGAUGAUGCCAAUGAUGAAGCUGAAACGAGCGUCAGCUCUUAUCGAUUCGUUUUCUGCAGCAACGAAAAUUGAAGCGAGUCUUCAGCUAAACUUAAACAAAAAAGAAUUCAAAGGGAAUCAGAAAUGUGUUUUCUUUGGCAAAUUGAGACGAUACAACGACGGGACGAUGAUGCCCGCUAGCAAGCAAAGAAUGAUGGCAGGUGAUGGAAAUACAAUUGAGGAAUCGACGAUCACAAAAAUCAUGAAAAGAGGUUUGCGCAGGAAGUACGCCAAAGGCUGCAAACAGGGAUGUCAAGUAGAAACAGCUUUCUGGGCAAAAAACGAGAAGAGUAAAACUCACUGUUACUGGAAUAUAAACGAGUACGCUCGACAUCAAAUUGACUGCCGGAGAACCACACAAUUCUGUUACAGAGCCAAGAAUGGCUUCUGCGAAUGGAAGGAGACGAGCGAAUACAGGAAAUGCGUCCAAAAGAAUAAAAUGCCUUGAACUGAACAAAAACGACGAGUUUACCAAGAACGCUCGCCUAAGAAUACUGCGCACGCGCAAUGAACUGGUUGAAAACCGGGAAAUUUUAUAGACACGAAGAAAUAAUGUAAUAAAGUGAAGAAUAUUUAGUUCUUUAAUCCGUGAUAGGAAUAAACGGUUUAGAUUCUAGAAACUAAACAUGUUAUACUUUAUACAAGAAGAUCUCAAACUUCGCUAAUCAGUUCAGUAUAGUACCGACUAACGAUUAAAUUCUCUUAUAUGUGUACAGAACCGAUUUUACGUAUUUUGUAUAUAAUAGAAUAA